AUGGUCGUCCUGGGCGUGGCUCAGUGCCUGGCCGGCCAUGGGCUGUCGACCUUCGAGGUAUGUGAUCCCGAGUCUGGCUCGACGAUACGCGGCCUGUCUCGAGGGCUCGCAGCAGCCACCGGCGCUGACGCAGAGAAGCCGGUGGUGGUGCUGAUACAUGGAUACCCGCAGACGUGGCGCCAUGUCAUCAAGCUGCUCCCUCGCGAGACGCGGCUGUUCGUGCCAGAUAUCCCAGGCUACGGGGCGAGCUCACCACCCAAGGCGAGCGACAAGCGGGCGGUGGGGAAGGCCAUACUGGUGGCCCUGGAGACGCUGCUGGAAGUCUCCAACGAAAAUACUUCUACUACUACUGACGGCCGGCCGCAACGUAUAGUGCUUGUAGGCCAUGAUAGGGGCGCGCGCAUCUGCCAUCGACUGACGGUCGAUGCAGCCGACCAUGCGCCCAGCUUCACCAUCCUGGCGACUGCGCUGAUGGACAUUGUGCCGACGAGCGUGCAGUGGGCAGCGCUGGCGGACCCGGCCGAGGCGCGCAACACGUUCCACUGGCCGCUGCUGGCGAACGUCGAGCUGGCGAGCGCGAUGAUAGGAGCGCUGGGCGCCGACGUGUUUGUGCGGCUGCUGAUGGAGCGCUGGCGCGGCAGCAGCUCGGCGGCGAUCUCACGGUUCGAGGCCGACGAUGCGAUGGAGGUGUACUCGCGGCCGUUCCGGCAGCUGGAGAGCGUGGUGCGCAGCUCGUGUGCGGACUACGAGGCUGGCGGCGGGCAGGACGUGGAGGAGCAGGCCAGGGACCAGGCAGAGGGCCGGCGGAUGGGCGUGCCCGUGCUGGUGCUGCACUGCCGGGGGAUGGGCCAGCGGUUCGGCGACGUGCAGCGGGCGUGGCAGGCGUGGGUUGAGCGGGAGCCGCUGCUGACGGUGGUGCAGACGGGGGAGGGCGUCGGCCAUUUCGUGGCGGAGGAAGACCCCGAGGCCACGGUGGGCGCGAUGCAGCGCUGGCUGGCGGCGAUAAGCUUAGCGAUAUAA